CAUAUAAAUAUAUACACGCGCACACAUCCAGUUUGCUUUUGGAGCAAAGGGUUUCCCUCGUUUCUCUUAUAUCUAAACAAAAACUUCUCUUGAAUCCAAAAUCUCUCUCGACCGGAGAUGAAAGGAAGCAAGUCCUACUCGGAGUACUCAUCAAAUUUCUCGGCCGAGUUCGGGUAUCAAGAUGGGUCAGGUUCGUACAGUUUUAACGGGCCGUGCGGCAAAGCGGAUCCCGAGAUGAAGAGGAAGAAGAGGAUCGCCUCUUACAAUCUUUUUGCCACGGAAGAGAAAAUCAAGAACAGCCUCAAGAACAGCUUCAAGUGGAUCAAGAGCAAAUUCUCCGGUGAUGAUAAUAUUCGGUAUGGCGUGUAAAAAAAAGUGUUUUGGCUCUUUCGCUUACGUUAAAUCUUAUAUGUAUGCCUUAAAAGAAAACAUGUAAAUGAUGAAGCUUGUUUCUGUAAUCUCAUAUCCGUCCAAACUUUCGAUCUCUUUUAUCAUC